AUGGAUUGGGAUAAGCUAAAUAAUGAAAUACAUUUUAAUAUAAAUGAAGUGUAUAUUUUUUGUGACUCAUUUAAUGAUUAUAUACUCAUGCAAAAAUGGAAUGGACGUUAUCAGCAUACAAUUCGUGGUGUAUAUUCACCAGAUCAAGUUGAUUAUAGGCUAUUAAGACUUGAUGUCGAUUAUAUAUGGUCAAUAUUACCAGAAUUCCAAGAAGAUCGAGGAUUGAGCAGAAUAUUCCGUGCUGAUGCAAAACGGUUGCUAACAGCUUUAGAAGAAUAUUUUCAAGAUCAAACGAAUGAUGAAGAUGACGAUGGUCAAAAUGAACAUUAA